UCAGGAAUAGGUUACAUGUUACUUUACUCUGGACUACGCGCCUCAGAUGCGGAGGGGAAGAGGAUUAAACAGAAGGAGGGUAAAGAGACGGAUAGUGUAAGCGCAAACCCUCCAUCUGUCCAACAGCCCGCUCCUUCCGCCAGCAUCUCAGCGCCAUCCGAACCAUGGCUCUCGCCGGACCCCUCAAAGUGUGCAUAGUGGGCUCCGGGAACUGGGGUUCUGCUGUUGCCAAGAUUAUAGGUCACAAUGUUAAAAAUCUGAAGAAAUUUGCAUCCACUGUCAACAUGUGGGUAUUUGAAGAAAACAUCAAUGGACGGAAACUAACGGAGAUCAUUAAUACAGAACAUGAAAAUGUGAAAUAUCUCCCUGGGUACAAGCUACCAGAGAAUGUGGUAGCUGUUCCAAACCUUAGCGAUGCAGUCAAAGAUGCUGACCUUCUAAUUUUUGUCAUUCCGCACCAAUUUAUACAUAAAAUUUGCCAGGAAAUUUCCGGAAAAGUCCACAGGAACGCACUUGGGAUUACACUCAUAAAGGGCAUUGAUGAAGGACCAGAAGGCCUCCGUCUUAUUUCUGAUAUUAUUCGAGAAAAAAUGGAUAUUGACGUUAGUGUGCUGAUGGGAGCAAACAUUGCAAAUGAAGUGGCAGCAGAGAAAUUCUGUGAGACAACAAUAGGCAGCAAAAACAAGGAACAUGGCCUGCUAUUUAAAGAGCUCCUGCAGACCCCAAAUUUCAGAAUAACUGUAGUAGAGGAUGCUGAUACAGUGGAACUUUGUGGCGCUUUAAAGAAUAUUGUGGCAGUGGCUGCUGGAUUUUGUGAUGGCCUCGGCUGUGGAGACAACACCAAAGCUGCUGUUAUCCGUCUUGGGCUCAUGGAGAUGAUAGCAUUUGCCAAUGUUUUCUGCAAGGGCCCUGUAUCUAUAGCCACCUUCUUGGAGAGUUGUGGGGUUGCAGAUCUUAUCACUACAUGUUAUGGAGGACGCAAUCGAAAGGUGUCUGAGGCGUUUGUAAAAUCAGGAAAGAGCAUCGAAGAGCUGGAAAAAGAAAUGUUAAAUGGGCAGAAGUUGCAAGGGCCUCAGACAUCUGCAGAGGUUUACCGCAUCCUGCAGCAAAAGAACAUGGUGAACAAAUUCCCACUCUUCACUGCUGUCUAUCAAAUCUGCUAUGAAGGCAAACCUGUGGAAGAUGUCAUUUCUUGCCUGCAGAGCCACCCGGAGCACAUGUAGCUCUGAACUGAGUCGCCGAUCCUGUUUCUUUUGCUUGUGGGUGUUGGAAAACUCCAGAAUGCAAUAUUCACCAUACGCACAAACCAAACGUGGUUAUAUGUUUAAUGUGUUAAAUAACAAAUACACACUCCACUGCUGAUCAAUAAUAAUUAGUUACCAGUCAAAAGAUGUCAAAAACUAUGCUGCUUAAGGAAAAUAAUCACAUUUUUAUGUUUCAAACGGAUCAUGCUAUUUUUUUUAUCCUUUUUAAGAAAAAGCCAAGUAUGGCUGAGCUAUGGAUGGCUCUAAUCGAAAAGUGAAUAAUUAGCUGUUCACUGUUAGUGAAGCUAGUAAACCAUUAAUAUCAAAUGUUUUUAGCAGUGGUUCCUGGUCAGUAACAUAUCAGAAUCCUAUUUUGGAUUUUUUUUUUUUUUUUUUAUAAAUAAACAUCUGCACAUUAAAUAAACAUCUUUUUUUUUUAUUUUGGUUGCUCUGCUACAGCAUUACAGUAAUCACUGGUGGCUGUGUGUGUACUGAUUUACAAAUUUAUGUUGAGCGUGUUUUAAUUGGAGAUUUUAUAUUUGUCACGUUUUAUAUUGCAUACAUAUAUAUACUGUUACGCAACUCUCUGGGUAUUGUCUGCCUUUUCUCCAUAUUAAUGCAUUUGGCAGUAUAUACUGCAAACCUUUAAGCUGCUGUUGCUCAGGGGCCAUUAAAACACAGAAAUAACAGUA